UUUUGCCUCCCGCGGGCUGCGCAAGGACCGGGAGGGGCGGCGCUCCGCUUCUUCCGAGCACCUCCGGGAGGUCGGUAAUCGGAUGAGCAGCAAGGAAGAGCAGAGCAAGUGCUGCCCGCCCGCUGUUCCCGGCUCCACCUUCACCAUUCAGUCCAUCCUGGGCAGCGGCAGCGCCGACGGCCCCCGAGAAGCGGGCCCUAAGGCGGCCCCGUGGCCCCCGCGAGGUCGGAACCUCUCCCUUUCCUCGGACGAAGAGGAACCGAACGAGAGCUGGAAACACCGCGGCUGCUUCUGCCCCGAAGCCCACGGCCCCGCCGAGCCGUGCCGUAAGCAGCAGCCCCUCGGCUUCGCCCGUCUCGGCAGCACCAGGGGCAGCGGAGCGGCUGCGGGCGGAGCGGAACGGCCCCCCUUCCUCUCGGCCUCCCCGCAGGACUUUAAGGAGGACAAGGAGAAGCCGCUGGGAUCCUCCUCUCCCUCUUACGGGGACAGGCAACGCGACGGCGGGGACCGGCAGGCCGGGGCCGCCAAAAAGAAGACGCGUACGGUGUUCAGCCGCAGCCAGGUGUACCAGCUGGAAUCCACCUUCGACAUGAAGCGAUACCUGAGCAGUUCGGAGCGGGCCUGCCUGGCCUCCAGCCUGCAGCUCACCGAGACCCAGGUGAAGACGUGGUUUCAGAACCGCCGCAACAAGUGGAAGCGACAGCUCUCGGCAGAGCUGGAGGCUGCCAACAUGGCCCACGCUUCAGCUCAGACUCUGGUGGGGAUGCCGCUGGUGUUCAGAGACAAUUCCCUCCUGCGGGUGCCGGUGCCGCGUUCCAUCGCCUUCCCCGCUCCUCUCUACUACCCCGGCAGCAACCUCUCGGCCUUACCGCUCUACAAUCUCUACAAUAAGAUCGAGUACUGAGAGCCCCGCCCGCCCCGUCGGGGCUGGGAGCGGCCGCGCCUCCGGGCUUCGGCUCCGGGACCGCCUGCGGGGCUUCGGGCCCGGGACUUCGGGAUUCGGUUCUGGGGGUUCUGCUCCGGCUCCGAGGCAUCGGGUCCGGGGAUUCGGCUCCGACUCGGGUUCGGGGCCGCUUCCAGGGGCAGUCCGGAAAGGUUUGGAACUGAUGGGGGUGGGAGGGGUGAGGUCGGGGCUCCCCUUCCCCCCGCCCA